UACUAUUUAUUUUAACAUCUCGUAUUGUGUGAUUAUGGUUUUAAUAGUUUAAGUGAACAGCCUCUUUACUUGUUCAGCACAUGUGGCCCAUGGACAACUUUAUUCUCUGUAGGGUCAUGGGCUUUAAGUGCCUGAUGUGAAAACAGGACUUAAAUUCUUUGUCUUAGUUAACUAAUAUUCAUUUAAAAUGUUUACUGUACAUGUCUAUUCAUAUCUUAAGAAAGUGAACUUUUUGAAAUCUAGGUUAGAUGCAUGUAGCUUGGUGUAUAGUUGUUUGACACUUUUGGCAUGGACACAGUAUAUUUUUGUCAAUCGCCAGCAAAGCGACUGUGCUGUCUGUCUACACCCUUGGCACAGAUGACCUAGCUUUGACAUUGUUUCAGAAAAAUGUUACGAGAAUGUUUCAGCACCCCUCAGAGGCUCAAACUUGCCAUGUAUGACCAUGCCCUUGCUCAGCUGUUUGGAUUUUCCCUGUUCAGCCAAGGCAAGUAUAUAGAGUUGCAGAGGAAGGUAGAACCCCUGGAACGCAUCUGACCGUUGAUAAAGCAUUUUAUACAGGGUUGUGGAAUUGUUGGGAGUUGCCUCCCAAAGGUAAAAAGAACUAGUGAGAACUAUUUGAAAUCUAUUUUGAAAAAUUGCUUGUUCUCAUAUAGGUAGUCUCUACCUGUAUGCCUCUGUUUGAAGGGCUGCAUUAUGAGAAUUUGUACUUACAGGAUUAAGCUCCUUUUUAGCUGAGAUUGGUAGAGGAAGGAGCACUUGUUGGAGACAAGCUGUCAGUACCUGGUAGAGGUAAUAUGGAAAAAUAAUCUUGUCCUCCAGAGUAUCACCCAAACUCUUUUGAAUUUGCCAGACUCAAUUCAGUGCAUCUUUUGGAGAAGAAAAUGGCUAGAAAUAGAGUCAAGUUCUGCCUGACCCCUGAAAGGAAAACUCUUUCGAAAAUUGUUCCUUAUUUUGCUUUAGAUGUUUGGAAUCCUCAGGUGAUUAUAAUUAGAUGAUUUAAAAUAUUUUAUACUUAUAAAGUUGCGUAUUUGAUACUGGAAGAAUCUUUCCCAAUGAACAUGACGGACACCUUUCACUCAUCUAGUGCAUGCAGCAUUGAUUUCUUGUGGAAGUUUUAAAAUAUACUUAAAUUUCAUACAAAUGACAGUUGUGACACAAAUAUUUCAAAGCCUAGUCAGUUUUUCUUGUUGUUUGUUUGUUUUGUUAAGUAAUAACUCCACACUAACUCUUAGGGAAAAACAUGAUGCAAGCUAUGGUGUUACAUUGUAAGAGGAAAGGUGUUUGGUUAGGAGGAAAGUAUGCAAUAAAGGGGUUUCUGUUAGCUGGGAAAAAUCAAUGAACUAACUGUAAGUAAUCUGAAAAUUCUGAAUAGAAAUUAUGUAAGCUUUGAAAAAUAUUAAAUAAAAUAUGACCUGGAGUGUUUUAUAAUAGUCAAAGAAGUCUAUUUAGUAUAAAGUCCAAUAAUGGUUUAGCCACACUUUCAUUGGCUGCUAUUCUGAUUCUCCUGCAUUUAAAAUGUGAGUCGUGUAUGUUAAACUGUCUUCUACACAGUGCCGUUGGUUAUAUGGAGAUGAUAAAUCUGCUCAUUGAUUUCUUAAUUUUAUUAUGUACACAGUUAAUUGUAAUCCAAGAUUACAGCAAACAAGAUGUUAAUUUCUAGACAAUCUCUGUACAUGUCACUCGGAGUGUUAUUGUUACAGAAGCAAAGAAUAAAAAGAGAAUAACAUUUGUGCUAUCCUCAUAGGAGCUGUCAAUAAAAGAUGUAAUAGGGGAUUUAGGAAUCUGGAAAUGGCCAACUAAUUUAUGUGAAUCUAUUUUAUUUCGGCUAGAAAGACCAAGCUCUGUUUCGUCUGCACUGCAUAUUGCAGAGCACAGGCUGUCUAUAGAAAACCAGGCGGCUGCAUAUGGAUAGUCCCUUGAUAUCAUUCACUUGCUGUGUAAUCUUAUUAUGCAAAGUUCUAAUCUUCACCUAGAAUGAAUGCCUCUGGGUCAGAAUAUAGUCAUAUCGGGGUUUUUGAGGUCAUGUUUUGUGAUCCUUAGCUUAUUCUUCUAAGUAGGGCUGGGAUUUAAAGAGUAUUCCCCAGACACUAGCAGAGAUAGACAGCAAAACCUGCUGCCUUUUUGGAAGACAAGACCAACAUGAGGUCCCUGGUAGGAUUAAACUUGAUUUGUAGCUGUAGGAUUUUUUAACAGAUGUAUUAUUGGACAGGGAAUAGGGGGCCACCAGCACAGCGAAAUUGGAUCACGAUUGGCAUUCUCAGGGAGUCCUCUGGCUGCUAAAACAGCAGCUGCAUGUGGAUUUGACUUCUUUCAGGUGAAGCGACUUCCAGUCAUUUGGAAAGGAUGGGAUGAAAAGGAACCUUGGUGAUAAUUUUGAUGUCUGCAAGAUUUAGUACCAGUGUAAUGGGAUUAUCAGUAACACCUUCACUGCAGAAAAAGCCACCUGGCGCUAUAACUGGCAGCAACUGAGAACUAAUCCUUUCCCAUCUCUUGGAUGUCAUUCACGAGGCUCAAAGUGAUUCCUACCCUGCUAGCUGUGAUUAAUUUUAUAAACAAACAAAAAAAACCAAAUCAAAUGACGAAGGCGUAGGCUAUAUAAGGAAAAAUGAACAGCGUAUAAUAGUAAUUACAUUUUGCAUUUUAUUUGCUACAGGGGAUAAGCUAUACUGUUCCAGUAAAAUACCAAAUUGUAUUCUACAUUAUAAGUAUGGAUGCGUGAAUUUUUUUUUUAACUGUCUAUUUUCAGUUUAAAAACAAAGUUUUAAAUAAGUAGCAGGUAGUACCUGGAAGCGAUUACAGCAUGUUUUAUGGUAAUAGUACUGUGAUGAGGAUGUUUAUCCCAACAGUUCCAUUGAAUUUUCAAGGAGCCUGUGAUUUAAAUAAUUUGUUUUAUUGUGCUUAAUGCUCUUAAGUUGUAUCUGAUGGCAUUGCCUGCUGACAGGACUUGGUAUUAAAAUGAAUUGUGUGAUGUGGAAAAAGUGUUCAUCCAUAUGCCUUUUUUAAUCUAUAAAGCAUCAUUAUUUAAAAAAACCUACUGAUAAACAGUUUUUUGAGGAAACAAUUUACCAUUUUACUAAUAUUUAAACUGGAGCAAGUGUGAUAUACAAAUUCUGUAGGGUUUUUUUUGCCUUUUUUUUUUUUUUUUUGACAGGGCUUACUCUGUGAGUAGACUAGAAUCAUUCACAUGUUAACUAGGAAGUUACAGCUUCUUACAGAUUCUAAGACUUGGAAACUUUGGAAAUUGUAGUUAUUCUGUGGUCUGUGAAGUAAUCGUUAGAUGUCCUCUAAAGAUGGACGUGUCUUAAUGUUAACUGAAGAGUUCUUUCUUUUUUUUAAUCUUGUUAGUUUCAAACUGUGUAUAAUAUAGAUAUUAUAUGUAUACCUUAAUUUGAAAUGAACUUUUAUGAGCAGUGGUAGCAAUUGAGCCUUAUAUAAACAUUAACAGUAUUUUUCAUAACUAUUAUGAUCAUUCUUUAGCCUGAGCACUUGUGCCAAAUUUGUAAAGUGAGACCGAUGACAUCUCUGUCUCAUGGGCUAAGAAUUUAUUUUAAUAGAGAUUGCAAAUUGCCGAGUAAUUCAGAGCCCAUUAAUGAGAAAAUUGAGAUUACUUAACUCAUGUGCUGUCCUCUUGGUUAGUUCUAUAGCAUGACAGCUAGAGUAGUAGGUAAAGCUCACUCUGUUGGGCCCUGUGUUUCCCUGAAAAACUUACAAAUCCAUCCUUCCUAAUUCAAAAUUGUUCAUAUCAUUUGGGCUUCCGGGGAAAAAAAAAAUCAGUUGCAAAUAUUCAGCAAUAUUUUGAAGCUUAUUUACAGAUACAUAUAGAUGUUUGUGGUUCUAAUUAUUAAAAAAAAAAAAAGGCCUGAUAACACUCUUGGCAUGAGAGAGACUUACAUUUACUCUGGAUGAGGAAUCUGUCAUUACUAUUUCGUUUAGCAGUCGACAAUACCUACGUACCCUGCCCAAUGUAAUGCAACCAAAAGAUUUUAGGUAAAAGGGAAUUGUAUAGGACUUAUGAUAUCCAGAAGUGGCCGAACUCUCGACUGUCCUAAUGUAUUAACAUAAUCUUUUUGAAUAGCGUGAAUCUGACAUAUAGGAUGGUUGCAUGGUCUCUUUCUGUUUGCCUCAGUGAGAAACAAUAUGGAGCUGUCUUUCUAGCAAUUGCUGUAAGAAGUACUGGUGGUGUACUUCUCUUGUGAGACAGUUGUGAUCAUUAAUUCACAGUAGUUGUGCAGUUCUGAUUGAUUUGCUGUCACUCAAUCUUUCUUUUAUCAGCUGUAAAACAUAAUUUUGAGUUCACAAUGACUCUGCCUCUGAGAGCAAGGAAUUACCUCAUAUUUUUCAGUGUAUUGCAUUGAGAAGAGCAAAUCACUUUCCUGGAUCUCCAGAAUAACUUUUGCUGAAAGUGCAUUCGUUUACAGUGAAGCAGUGUCAGUUUACACAAGGUGUCCUUCAGUGGCAGUGUCCUAGGCACUGCACGUGAUAAUGAAACAGUUCAAGAUUUUUUUGUUUUCUGUUGUGUUUUGGUUCGUUGCUGUGAAAACUGUUAGCUAAUAUUAGGAAUGAUGAAUCUCAGAUUGGUUUAAAUUGACUUAUUCUGGAGAUUUUUUUGUGUAAAAAAUGGAAGUAAUCUUUUUUCGAACUAUGAAGUGAGCUGGUUAGGGAAUACUCUUCCCCAAGAAUGCCUUUUUUUUUUUUCCCCCCUCAUUAUAAAUAAAUACCAAAUGUGAAGAACAAAAGCUACUUUUAAUUGUAUUCAGGCAAAAUUCUCGUUAACUGUUAUAGAAAGCUGUAGAUAGAAACUAUAUGCACUUUUAAAUUCACAUAUGUUAAGUAGCUAAACAACAGGAAAUACAGAAUAGGAGGUCUGUACUUCAUUAUUAAGUAGGCCACGUUCUGCGUGUAGAGCUUUUUCUUUUUGACUUACUGCAUUAGUUUAAAGAGCUUUAUUGAUCAGUUUAAAGAGUAGGAAAGGAAUCUUGCCAUGGUUUUAAUUCAUGGCAGAACUGCUACCGAGUUUAAAUGGGGCAAGUAUCUUGCAGAAUGUAAAACUUGUUUCAGUACUUAUGUUUUCCACUUUCUUAAGUAAGAGUAACUGUGAAAUCUUCAUUUGGCGCUAAAAAUACUAUUUUAUUUUCUCAUAAAAAUUGGAUAAAGAAACACUACUUAGGUUAGCAUUCCAGUAAUUUCAGUUAGUCAUUGGGGUUUAACUUAAAAAUUUGUUUGUGGCAACCAGAUGAUGUUUACAGUGGCUUUUUCUUUGGUAAAGGACUUAUGCUGCUCUACUGUAUCCGAGAAUAGAAAAGCUUAAGACCUUGUAUAUGCAAGUGUUGUAGUAAUGAAAGUAUACUGAAAGGAAAACUCUGUGAAAAUUCUAGGAUUCCUAUCAACAACUGUAUUCUGUUAAUAUAUGUGGCCUUAUUUAGGCAAGCUGUUUUCAUCCCAGUGACGUGGCUGUUUGUCCCGCGCUCUGUUUAGUUCUUCAAGCCUUUGUUCACUUAAAUUUCUCUCAAGUCACUUAGAGUUUCAGUUAACCAUUUGAUUAUUCCUGUUUUCUGUGAUUUUAAUUUUAGUUGUGAAACACCUUCAAAUCAUUUUGAAUAGUCUUGAUGCUUCUCUGUUUUGCUGUUGAGUGUUCGGUUUUAAAUACGGGUGCUUGGAAAAAGCCAAUGAUUUAAGUUACGUUGUGUUCAUAUGAUAAAAACAAAUCUCACAAGUGUAAUCUUAAAUCUGCAUACUUUUAAAAAGAAAUAAAACAGCACCAUUUCCUAUUUCAAGGUGUUUACAAUAAAAAAGACCUUAAUUGUUGUUCUCCUGAAUAGUUCUCAAAAAUACUUGAGGCUUUGUAAAGAUAUCUAUGUAUUAAAAUAGCACCAAGAUGCUGCAUGGUAGCAGCUCGGACUGAAUUUUAUUUUUGAUCAGAUGUCAGCACUUUCACUUCAAGAUAUCUAAUGUGCGCUAAUCCGGGGAAGUAUUUCAAGUGCAGGAUGGAGUUCUGUGCUGGAUAGGGUCCUUAAUUCUGCAUCUUUGUGUAAAACGACAUUAACGUACUGCCAUUCGACUGUAUCACUGAUAUCUGUAGUAUAAGCUGCCAGUCAUCUGGGGUGAAUUCUCUGGGCAGAGAAUGAACCCUAGCUAUUUUUAUGCCCCUGGCUGCAGUGCUGUGUUUAUUGUACAUGCAGUAGAGAACACAAGGAGACAAGACAGGCCCUGUUCUUGCUGCUAUUGCUGUUGCAGCUGCCUCUGUUGUCCGUGAUUGUACAUACAGUCAUGCAGUCAUCAAGGCUGCGAACAGAUAAAUAUGUUUUAGCGGCUUAAUUUAUGAAUAUUGUGUGCUGUCUCUGUUUUUGCUUCAUUCCAAUUGCCCCAUUCAUAUUUGAUUGGAUAAAGGACAACUGAAUGCGACAUAUCCCCUCAUAUCUUCUCUGUUUUUAGGUAGUCAGAGUUUCUUUACUCUUUGCUUUUUUUCCUUGCUUUGGAAGCUCCAGUAUGGCUAACUACCUGAGUUUACAGUAUGUUGUAGAAAUCCAAACAGAAAGUCAAAGCUUGCGUUUAAAGAUGUGAUUACAGCUUUCCAGUUUCCAUUCAUCUAAGCCUGGUGGAGGGGAGGAUGUUCUGGUAACUACUGCAGAUAUCUAGACAUGUGGCAGGUAAGCUUGUCUGCAGACUUGAGUAGCAGAAGCCCAGCUGAGUGAGCAGACACCGUGCCCUCCCAUUCAUUUCUCCGGUCUUGAGAAGUUUUCUUUGUUUCAGCUCUUACUCCCAGUAAGGAGCUGGGGAAGGGGUCAAGUAUUGUAUAUGUGGAAGUGUCUGUGUAGUAAAUCAAAAACUUCUUGAUGGCAUUUUAGUGUAAAGUAUAUGCAUCUUCAGAUAUAUUGGAUUAUUUUGUUGUUUGUAUUCACUGCUCUUUUAAAAUGAUUGACCCUUGCAUGGUUGUUAAAAUACAGAACAUAGUUUUACAAACAUUAAAUUGUUUGUUAUCAAAUGAAUUAUGUUCUUCUGUUUUAAUACAGACUAGAAUCAGCUGAAGGACGUAAUACUGUACCAUGUUUCUCAAUGUCCUAGGAAAAACCUUUCGAUUUCUUGGGUAUACUGUGCAAUAUGGCUGCAUAGCGCAUUGUGCCUUUGAGUACCUUGGAGGAAUUGUUGUGUGUUCUGGACCAUCAAUGGAGCCAACAAUUCAAAAUUCUGAUAUUGUCUUUUCGGAGAACCUUAGCCGCCACUUUUAUUGCAUUCAAAAAGGAGAUAUUGUAAUUGUGAAAAGCCCACAUGACCCCAAAUCAAAUAUCUGUAAAAGAGUAAUUGGCUUGGAAGGGGAUAAAGUCUGCACAAGCAACCCUUCAGAUUUCCUUAAGAGCCACAGCUAUGUGCCUAAAGGACAUGUUUGGUUAGAAGGCGAUAAUCUCAGGAAUUCUACAGAUUCCAGGUGUUACGGACCUGUUCCUUAUGGACUGAUAAGAGGACGCAUUUGUUUUAAGAUAUGGCCUCUGAAUGACUUUGGGUUUCUACGUGCAAGCCCUAAUGGCCAAAGAUUUCUUGAUGAUUAAAAUAAUUACUGGGUGUUGCCAGCUUUCUUACUACUUUCUACUAAAUCAAUGGAACUAUUUUUGCUUAGAAUAAAAACAAGUACUAUCUGACA